AGUGAUAACGAAACUAUACAAUAAUAAUAUAAUGACGCAUUACGAAUUACGAUAUUACAAUUACAUAAACAUUAAAACGUAAUAACUAAUAAUGUAGUAUUUUUUAUAAUUUAUUAGGUACCCAAGUCCUAUUUUCUAAUUGCCUACAAUCUAUAUUCUACCUAUAAAGUAGAAAGUAUUAGACUAUAAUACUACGUUGUACGUAUGACACCAUGACUCUACACGACAACAGUCGGCUCUCGGGGUACAUUCACCCUUUCGUGUAUGUGAUGUGCCACACAAACGACAUGCCUACCCUCUAUAUAGAAUCAUUAGAAAAUACUGACAUUUUGAGUAUCUACUGGUUUUAAGUUCUUCGUAAUGUAUUUUAUAAUAUUUUAAUUUUGUAAACAAAUAGUCGAGUGUACAACUUAUUGUUGUGACUUAUUAAGUCUCCAAUAGUGUGUGAAUGAGAUGUCAAGUUACACAGUAUGUAUAUCAUAAUAGUUGGAUAGAAUAAUUAAUAUUGGCAACUCUUGUCUAUUGAUCCAUUUUUUGUUACAAAGGAAUCAUAAAGAAUAUCCAGCGAACAUUCAGACAUGGACGAUCAACUAGAUAUUAUGUUGGAAAAUACCAAUGAGGAAUUUGUUACCUUAUCGUAUGCUGAUCAUUCAUUGAUCUCUCAUCCCGAACAAUUAUCUGAUGAGUGUGCAGACAUGAUUUUAAACCAGGAUGAUUGUCAAAAUAUGAGUGCCAUGGCUCCAUUAAACGAUUUGUUAUUGGGACAAACAUUUUUAAUAGAGACUAACGAACAACCAUUAUUUGUAGAUGACACAGAGUUAAUUACAUUCCAACAUAUUGACCCAAACGGACAAAUAAAUGAUAUCGAGACUAUUUCAAAUAAUAUUGAAUCUGAUAAAUCUACGAUUGAAAAUAUUGAUUUUACUAUAAAUUCUGAUGAUCACUUCCAAGAAAUUUGUACAGAUUUUAAUAAAACCACUAAUGACAGUAAUAAUUUGACAGAACAUUUACAAGUUAAGAUAAACACUGAUAUAACUAGUGGGAACUACAGUUAUUCAACUGCUAUUAAAAUUUUAGAUGAUGUCGCUAAAAGUCCUGUUGAUACUAAUGGUCAUUUUGUUUGUGAUUUAUGCUUACAUGAAUUUUACAACUGGAAACAUUAUAAGAAACAUAAACUAGAACAUUUAAAUGAUAAACCGUUUAAAUGUUUGAAAUGUUUAAAAUCAUUUAAUUACAAUAAUAAUUAUUUACUUCACAUUGCUUCUCAUUCAACAAGUAAUUUAAAAUGUCCAAAAUGUAAAAAAGAAUUUAAACGCUAUGCUAGCUUUAAAGCACACCUGAAAAUUCAUAAAACUGAAGAAUUAAUUACAUGCAAUAUUUGUGACAAGAUAUUUGACAAUCAGUAUCGAUUGGAUAUUCAUAAAGAAAAUUGUAUACAAGAAAAUUUAAUGAAUCCUAGUGAAGAAACAUCUGUUGGUUGUAUUAAAACUUGUACAAUUUGCAAUAUGUCUUUUUCAACUGUAUCAGAAUAUAAAAUGCACAACAAAGAACAUAGAAAAUUUGAUUCAGUGUUGAAAAAAUAUCAUAAACUUGCUACAAAAUUCAAAAAAUUACAUAAAACGGCUAAUAAAAUUAAAAAAUUUAAAUGUGAUCAUUGUGAUUGGUCAUUUAAUAAGUCAAAUCUUUUACGCCGACAUAUGAGAACGCAUACUGGUGAAAAACCAUUUGAAUGCACGGAUUGUUCAGUAUACUUUACUCAACAAAACUCAUUAAAUAGACAUCUGAUGAAACAUAAAGGAAUACGACCAUUUAGAUGUGAAUUCUGUGAAAUGAGUUUUUGUCAAAAAGGUCAUUUAAUUAAUCAUAUGAAAAAAUGUCAUGCUGUUAAAAAAGAACCAACAAGAAUUCAUAAAUGCUCUAUGUGUUCAUGUGUUUACAACAGCAUCAAUGCUCUUAACAGACAUUUAAAUAUUUUCCAUGGAGUGAAAACUAGAAAUGUACACAAAAAGGUUCAAAAUAAAGUAACAAAGAGCGUAGAAACAGUUGAUGAAAAUAAACAUUCUAUUAAAGAUUCCUCAAAGUUAGAACAAUGGCUUGAAGAAGUAGCGCAUGAAUUGCAAAGUGGUGAUAAUAAUACAGAGUUAAAGAAUUGCAAUGACUCAAUUACUACGCAAUGUGAAUUCGGAUUAAAUUUGAUUGAAAGUGAACACUAUGAUCACAUUUUAAGCCCGAUUUCUAAUAUAGCUAGUGAUCACACUGAAAUUGAAAACUUGACAUAUUCUCUUGCAGAUGGUGAUAACUAUAUUAUUGUUGUGAAGAAGAAACAAGAGCAACCAUCAAUCAAAAAUGCUGUUGUUCAAAACCAAGAAAAGGAACUACUAACAACUGUCACUGAAAAUGAAUCAAUAUCACUAAAUGUUGUAAAAGAAACUGCUAAAAAGGGAAUGAAACCUAUAACAACUGCUACUAAAAAUGAAUCAAUACCAUUAAGUGUUGUAGAAGAAACCACUACCACUAAAAAGCUUCCUUCAAGAAAAAAAAAAUGUGGGAAUAAAAUGUCUAAAUUGGAUGCAAAAAAGAUUUUACCAAGAAAAAAAAAUGUGAGUUCAUUAAAUUUGAAAAAGAAGAAUUGUGUCAGUAAUGAAAUUAAGAGAAAUAUAACUCAUCCAAGUAGUAAAGCUGAGCCAAAAGUUGUAUAUGUACCUAAUAUAGCUAAUUCAGAAGAAAGAACCAUUAGUAUUACGGAAAAGCCAUUGCCAAAAGUGUGUCAAUUCUGUGAGAAAAUAUUUAAAAAGAAUGCCGAUCUCGAAAGACACGAAAGAACACACACUGGUGACAAACCUUAUAAAUGCGACGAACAGGAUUGUAAUAAAGCAUUUGCCACUAAGAGUUCACUUGAAUAUCAUAAAAUCACCCAUUCAGGUCAGAUGAAACGAGCAGAGUGUCCCCAGUGUAAUGGAUUAUUUGCUACAACGUCAACUUUGAAAGUUCAUAUGCGACAACACACAGGUGAAAAACCAUUUAAAUGUCCUGUAUGCGGUGAUGCAUUUCGAACAACUGGACACUUACAUACACAUGUGAUAAUACAUGAACGAAAAAAGAAACGCAAAUAAAAAUAUAUAAUUUUGAGGAUGGUUUCUGAUAUAAAAUUUGAAAAAAUUUGUAGAUUCUCAGAACUUUUUAAAUGAUCUGGAAAACAAAAAAAAGUGAAUGAAAAACAAAAAAUUUACAAAAAACCAAUUUUGAUUUUUGGUGUAACUCAAAAACUUAUUACCAUA